AGGAGCAAAAUAGAGCAGAGCGCGGGAGCGCGAGAGAGUCCAACCAAAACAGCAGAAAGAGGAGGAGCAGAGUGAAAUUCAGCUGAGCGAGAGGAAGAGUGUGUGCUGUUUUAAACUGUGCUAGGCUGUGCAUCAUCACUUGGGAGUGUUGGACCUAGUCUCACAUAGGACGUUUGGAAAUUCUAUCUUUCUUUCCCUGCUUGUGAGCUGCCACAGACACCAAUACCCUGAGAGCUUUCUGGACUCACUGAGACAUUUUAAUGAAUGAGCUUACAGAAAUUAGAAAAUAUCAGAAGAGAUCUGUAACUUUCCAAGAAAUGCAACCAUGAAGACCAACCAUGUCUAAAUGACAGAUGCCUCUUCUCCUCAUUGAUGUGCCAUCUCUUAACCAGAAGAACAGAUCUACUCAGGAGAACAAAGACGACCUUCAUCUAAGAUAACCCAUUGACUGAAGAGGGCCCUCCAAUCCAAAGCACAUCCUGCUAGGAAAGGUUCAGCUCUUUCCARAAGACCAACACAARGCCAUCCAGAGCUGGAAGAGUAGCCUUGCUCAUGAGACUUUCAAUAAGCUCCUGACUGGUAGGGAAAGACCCUUCUCUAGACAUAUCUUUAAUUUAAUUUUUGGCACAGAUCUUGUAAUCUAACACAUUAGUUUUAUUCUAUUUAUAAACAUGGAUCAGACGGAGUAGCUAUUUCGUCACACUUUUGGGUAGUGGUGCUCUACAGUUGUGACUCGUCCCGGAUGGUCAUGGUCAUGGUCCACAUUGGGUGUUGAAACCAUCGCUUUAACCCGCUGGUGUCCAUGAAGAGGUUCGGCAGCCUGAGGAGGAGUAAGAAGCGGAAGGAGCAGGACCUGCUAGCGGCAGGAAGACGCCAGUCAGAGCCACCAUGUCUGCCUGUCUCCGGCCUCUCAUCUUCCCCCACCCCACCCAGCACCCCCAGCCUGCACAUGCUGUUCCCCCAGGAGGUCCACCAGAGUGCCCCAGAGUGCCUGGAACGCUCCCUCUCAUCACCCCCACCAGACGCCGGACAGCGCCUCAGCCUGCCGUCCUCUGCCAAGCCCCCCAUGUCCUCCUCCUUUCCAAUACCCUACGCUUUCCCACUGCCCCAAGCUACCUCACAGCCAAAUUUCUACGGUUUAUUCGAAGGCAUGUUGGAGAAACUUGAACUAAACGAUGAUGGUGUUGCUGCUGAACCAGAGAGUGAUAUUUACAUGCGCUUUAUGAAGUCCCACUGCUGUUAUGACAUCGUUCCCACCAGCUCCAAGCUGGUCGUGUUCGACACUGGCCUACAGGUGAAGAAGGCGUUCUUUGCCUUAGUGGCCAACGGGGUGCGUGCUGCCCCACUAUGGGAUUCAGAGAGGCAGUGUUUUGUGGGAAUGUUGACAAUCACAGACUUUAUCAUCAUACUACACAGAUACUACAAGUCACCGUUGGUGCAAAUAUAUGAGUUGGAAGAUCAUAAGCUUGAGACAUGGAGAGAAGUAUAUUUGCAAGCGACAUUCAAGCCUUUAGUGAACAUAUCACCUGAAUCAAGCAUAUUUGAUGCAGUGUAUUCCCUCAUUAAAAACAAGAUCCACCGGCUGCCUGUCAUCGACCCUGUGACGGGGAACCCACUUUACAUCCUCACACACAAGAGGAUCCUCAAGUUCCUACAGCUCUUUGUGCGUGAGAUGCCCAAGCCGGCUUUUAUGAAGCAGACUCUAGGAGAGCUGGGCAUCGGCACCUACAAGAACAUAGCCUUCAUCCACCCUGACACACCCAUCAUCAAGGCCCUGCAGAUCUUCGUAGAGAGGAGGGUGUCUGCCCUGCCUGUUGUGGACGUAUCUGGGAAAGUGGUGGAUAUUUACUCCAAAUUUGAUGUCAUAAACCUGGCAGCAGAGAAGACGUAUAAUAACCUGGACAUCACCGUGACCCAGGCUCUGAGGCAUCGCUGCCAGUACUUUGAGGGGGUCAUGCAAUGCCACAAGCUGGAUACACUGGAGACCAUCGUGGACAAGAUUGUCAAAGCAGAGGUCCACCGGUUGGUAGUGGUGGAUGAGCGCUCGGCCAUCGAGGGCAUCAUCUCCCUGUCUGACAUCCUGCAGGCCCUGGUGCUCAGCCCAGCAGAUGCCUGCAGAGAGGAGGGCCUCCUGGAGUGAGACGGGGGUCUACUGCUGCUGGAAUCACAGAGGCUGUCCUAAAAUAUAUAACUUGUAUUUUACAGGUAGCUGCCAAAWUAAAGGAAACACUUGAGUAAAUGAGGGAUACAAAGUAUAUUGAAAGCAGGUGCUUCUAAACAGGUGUGGUUCCUGAGUUA